AUAAAGGGCUCAGAGUCCUAGGAGGCGUGCUUCAUCGAUUUUAGCGAGUUAAGUGUUUGAUGGACGUUUAAGAACACAAGUGCUACAAACGGUUAGCGCGGAACUCAUCCAAUCUAUGUUGUAAUACAAAACUAGGCGGCUGGGAGCAGCGCGCAACCUCUAAAAGGCUUUGCCCCGUGUUUCGCGAUGAUCACAUUGGUCGGACUCGGAGCCAGUUGAGCGGUGUAUUUGCUUGGGUUGUCAGAGGACGCGUCGUAGCGACAGCUAGGUUGUAUUUAUGGACAUUUAGCAUUAACGUUACCAUUUGUGAGAACUUUAUCCGCACAGGAAGCAUGCUUGCUCUACAAAAUUGUAUUGCCAUUUUAUUGGUCUCUUUAGUCCUUGGUUUAGAUUUUAAGGAGAGAGACAGCUUGACCGGCAACGCACAUUCAACAUUUGUGAAGAGGAAUACAAAACUGGGAAAUUUUCAUAGUGUGAAGAGGAGAUCCGCUGCGGAAUGGCCCUUUUCAACAAGACACCACAAAGUAAGCAGGAGAAGCGCUGAUCGUGGGGAAGACACCUGCGACGCGCUGCAAGGCUAUGAUGACCGGUUAAUCAACAAUACCCACCGCUUCAUCUUCAAUGACCUGAGUGGCUCUGUGUCCCUGGCCUGGGUGGGCGACGGCACCGGGGUGGUGCUGGCCUUGACCACGUUCCAGGUGCCAUUCUUCCUGCUCAGGUUUGGACAGUCCAAACUCUACAGAAGCGAGAACUAUGGGAAGUCCUUCCAAGAUGUCACCAACCUCAUAAACAACACCUUCAUCCUCACAGAGUUUGGCAUUGCGAUUGGCCCUGAGAAUUCUGGGAAGGUAAUCCUGACGGCCGAUGUCUCAGGUGCUCAGGGCUCCCGUAUCUUCCGCUCAAAAGACUUUGGGACGAGCUUCACCCACACAGACCUGCCCUUCAACCCGCUGAUGCAGAUCAUCUACAACCCCCAAGAUGCCAAUGUUCUCAUGGUGCUGAGCAUCACGAACGAUCUGUGGCUGUCGGAGGACUUUGGGGAGAACUGGAGGAAGAUCCAUGAGUCUGCAUGUCUGGCUAAAUGGGGGUCUGACAACACCAUCUUCUUCACCACCAUCUUUAAUGGAUCCUGCAAUGACAGAGGCAUGCUCGAACUGAAGAAGACCACAGACUACGGAAGGACCUUCAAGACCAUCGGCAGCAAGAUCUUCUCCUUCGGCUUGGGUGGCCGAUUCGUUUUUGCCUCAGUCAUGACCGGAAAGGGUACACUGCGUAUGAUCCACGUGUCAGUAGAUCAGGGCGAGUCCUGGAACAUGGCCCAGCUCCCCGCUGUCGGCCAUGAGCAGUUCUACUCCAUCCUGGCAGCCAGUGACGAUGUGGUCUUCAUGCACGUGGAUGAGCCGGGAGACACCGGCUUUGGGACCAUCUUUGUGUCAGAUGACCGCGGCACGGUUUACUCCAAGUCUCUGGAGCGCCACCUCUACACCACCACAGGGGGCGACACUGACUUCACCAAUGUGACAUCUCUGAGGGGGGUGUACCUCACCAGCGUUCUGGCAGAGGAUGGCUCAGUGCAGACUGUCGUGACCUUUGACCAAGGAGGCGAGUGGAAACCUCUGCAGAAGCCCGCCAACAGCAAGUGUGACUCUACUGCCAAAAAACAGGACCAGUGUAGCCUGCACAUCCACGCGUCAUACAGCACAUCCAUGAAGCUGAACGUCCCCAUGCUGCCACUGACUGAGCCCAACGCUGUGGGGCUGAUCCUGGCCCACGGGAGUGUUGGCGAUGCCAUCUCAGUGAUGACGCCGGAUGUGUAUGUGUCAGACGACGGGGGCUACUCCUGGCUGCGGGCCCUUAAAGGCCCCCAUCACUACGCCAUCUUGGACUCUGGUGGCCUGCUGGUAGCUGUGGAGCACAACCCCUCCCAGCCUAUCUCACAGCUGAAGUUCUCCAUAGACGAGGGGCAAUGCUGGCACAACUACACCUUCACCAAGGAGCCGCUGUACUUCACGGGCCUGGCGUCCGAGCCUGGCGCCCACUCCAUGAACCUCAGCAUCUGGGGCUACCGCGAGUCUCUGCUCAGCCAGUACUGGGUCUCCAUCACCAUUGACUUCAACCAGCUGCUCAGCCGUGACUGUGAUGAGAAGGACUACGUGCAGUGGCUGGCUCACUCUGAUGACAUCAGUGACCCAAAUGACGGCUGCAUGCUGGGAUACAAGGAGAGGUUCCUGAGACUGCGCAAGGACUCCGUGUGCUGGAACGGGCGUGACUAUGUGGUCACCAAGCAGCCAUCGCCCUGCCCCUGCACGCUGGAUGACUUCUUGUGUGAUUUUGGCUACUACCGUGUGGAGAACAGCUCAGAGUGUGUGGAGCAACCUGAUCUGAAGGGCCAUGUGCUGGAGUUCUGUCUGCACGGCAAGAAGGAACAGCUGCAGACCAAUGGUUACCGGAAGAUUCCAGGAGACAAGUGUGAGGGAGGGGUCACACCAGAGCGCAAGGAGAUCGACCUCAGCCAGAGGUGUGUCAGUAACCUGUUGGCACCAGAGUUACAGACGGCCAGCUCAUCCAGUUCGAUCCCAGUCAUAAUUGCAGUCAUUGCAGUCCUGGUGCUCAGUGUGGUGGGCGGGGUUCUCUUCAUCAAGAAGUACGUCUGUGGUGGCAGGUUCCUGGUUCACCGGUACUCAGUGCUGCGGCAGCAUGCCGAGGCCAAUGGCAUAGAGGGCGUGGAUGAGCUCGACACUCAGGCUGUGGAGUCCCCCAAGAGGGAUUACCAUGACGACUCAGACGAGGACCUCCUGGAAUAAGAGGAUGAGCCAGAGCCAUAAACCGCCAGAAGAGACAAACCACCUCUUCUCCCCCGGCAUCUCCCUUUCUCUCUGUCUUCCUCCUCUUCUUCCCUUCUCUGUCCUUCCCACAAUGCCUUGCUUCCCUCUUUUCUUCACUUGCGUGAUAAUUCCAGGUGGCUGCACUCAUUCUUUCCACCUUGUCCCAGAAUAUCAAGAGAUGCGGGGGAUUGGACAGAAUUGGAAAGGGGGAAGGGGCUAUAGUCUGUGAGGGAUUGGAUGGAAGCGGAGAAGGGAAGGAGCUAUGGCUGCGAGCAUUGGACAGAAGCAAAGAGGGGGGAGGAGCUACUGGCAGCAGGGGAUUGGACAGAAGCAUUGGGGAGGAGGGGCUGUUGGCUGCAGGGAUUGACACGGAGAGCUGGGGGAGGGGCUACUGGCUGUGGGGAGCUGCCUAGCUCUGUGUCCUGAAAGUCCUUGAGUUUUAUUUCCUCACAGCUUUUUGUGAGAAGGAGAUUGAUCCACCCCAAACAGAGACAGUGGGAAUGAGACUGCAGAUUCGCACUGUUCCUGAGACAUGGCUGUCCUGCCCUGAGUGCUCAUCCAGUACCAACGCUCCUGAUACCUGACCUGUGAGAAUGGAGGCUAUCC